CCUUCUUCUCACCCAGCAUAUCUACACGCAGCCAGCUCCUCCUCAGCGGCUCGUAUUACCGAUUCACAGGAACUCGACCCAUCUCCUCCUCUUUCUCGCGCCGCCUGAACAGCGUCGUCUUGCGGGCCUUGUUGCCUUGGCUCUCCAUCUUCGUCCUCGCCGGUCUUCGUCGCCUCACGGUCCACCGUAAUUGACAAUGGUCUCUGCUGCAGAGCUUCAGCGUAUGCAUGAGCAGGCCAACAGCGCCCCCAACGCUGUCUCGGCUGCUGGCAAUCAGGCUGCCCCUAUGGCCGACCCUUUCCCUUCUCUGACCGAAGAUCCCUUCCCGGCCAUGAGCAACGGUCAGGGGCCUCACAGCUCCGCCGCCGCCGCAGCCAAUGGCACAGCUACUUCGGCCAGGAAGUCUGCUCAAGGUAAUCAGAUAGCUCAGCCUGAUUUCAACUCGCAGUCUGCCUUUCCCUCUCUGGGAGCAUCUGCUCCAGCUCCCAAGGGUCAGUGGGGUCAGAAGCUCAAUACUUCCAAGCCUGCCUCUGCCGCUUGGUCUGGCUCGACGCCCGUCAUCCAGCGUCCCGUCUUCCAGGAAUCGCUGUCUAUUCCCUUCAAGGAGGACACCAACGCCAAGGUCAGCGCUGCCAUGACUGCUCUCCAAAAGAAGUACAAGAACAGCAUCAAAGUCGAAGCCAGUACCACUCGCUCUACCAGCACUACAAACUUCGUCAUCAAGGGCACUGACCAGGCUGCCGUUAAAGCCGCCCGCAAGGAGCUCACCGUCUCGCUCGCUCGCCGCGUCACCCUCGAAGUCAUGGUCCCUCAGUCCCUCCGCGCCUUUGUCAUUGGUGCAAAGGGAAAGAACUUCAAGAACAUCACCGAGCAGACUGGCUGCCGCGUCAACAUGCCUCGUCAAGAGGGAGAAGCCGCAGUCGAGCUCGCAGGUCCCCGCGAUGAAGUCGACUUUGACAAUGACGAGCAGAUUGCCGUCUCCAUCGAGGGUGAUGAGGUCAAUGCUCAACAGGCUGCCCAAAUGAUCCAGGCAAUCGUCGCUGAGCGCACUUCGCGCACCACGCAGAGGAUCACCACUGUCGAGCACAUCUUCUAUCCCUUCAUCGCCGGCGCAAAGGGCGCCAAUGUCGCCCGCAUCGAGGCUGAGGUCGGGUCUGGAGACGUCAGCGUUCGUGUCCCUCCUCGCGCAGCCUUCUUGCACCCCAAGGAUGCUGAGGACGAGGAGGCUCACCCUCGCCGCGAGCGAGAUCUUUCCAUCAUCGUCUCCGGCGACCGAGCUCAGGUCCAGGCCGUUGUGCAGGCCAUCGAGGCUCAGGUGGAGGACAUGAAGCGCGAGUUCCGCUGCCUCAGCAUCUCGGUCCCCAAACGUCAACAUCGCUUCCUCGUCGGCGAUGCUGCCAAUGACAUCCUCGCAUCGUCUGGCUGUAGCGUUGAGCUGGCCCCUCAAGACGAUCCAUCAGACCAGGUCACCAUCCGCGGCCCGCAAGCUAGGCUCCCCAUGGCCCUCACCGCCGUCAUGGAGAAGGCCAAUGCCGUCAAGGUCGACGUCGUCGAUAUUGUCGCUGCUCAUCGAUCGGCGUCCGACGCCCUGCAGCACGCUAAGAAUCUCCUGCGAUGGCUUCAAGUCAGCGGUAAGCUGCCCAAGAAGCAAGGCGUGCAGGUCUUCACUCCUCGUCCCGCACUCGUCGAGAGCUCGGGCAAUGUCCAGAUUGAGAUCGUAGGCGCAGAGCAGGCCGACGUCGCCGAGGUCCGCUCAUCUCUCGACCGGCUUGUUAAGGGAACGCCGCCUCACUACGUUGACACCCUUGACGUUGAUCCCCUGCUGCACGCUCUCCUCAUCGGCAAGAAAGGCGCCAACCUGAAAGAGUACGAGCGCAAAGGUGUCGAUGCUCUCUUCCCGCCACCGUCAACGGCUGACGGCGAGGGUCGCUCGGACAUCAUUCUCAUCUACUCGCCCACCAUGGAGACGUCCGACAAGAAGGCUCGCGAUGCCGAAGCUAAGCGCGUCCUCGCGGAAGUCAAGGCAGACCUUCUCAAAGCCUCGCAACAGGCUGCUGACCUCAAGACGGAGACGCUCAACGUCCCUUCAAAGUACCACCGUACUAUCCUUGGCCCGGGUGGCAGCACUCUCAACGCGGUCCUCGGCGAGGAGCGCAUCGUCGCCGUGCGAGUGGGCAACAGCAAGGGACAAACCGGCGCAGACGACACCAUUACGAUUCGCGGUCCCUCAACAGAAGUCGAUCGCGUAGCUGCGGCUCUGCGAAAGAUUGCCAAAGACGCCGAAGAGGACGCAAUCGUCAAUGGUCAUGAGGCCACCUUCUCCGUAGACCCCGCCCACGUCAAGCACCUGGUUGGCAAGUCGGGCGCUGCGAUCACCAAGCUGCGCGAGGAGCUCGGCGUGCGAGUGGACUUCGACGACGCUGCAGCCACGAAUGGGGCAGCCGCCAACAAGAAGUCUGCCGCCAAGGUGCAAUGCAAGAUCGUCGGUCGCAAGGAAAAUGUCGAGGAGGCGCACAAGCGACUCCUUGCCCAAGCCGAGAAGCUGGCAGACGAGCGCGAGGAGACGCUCAAGGUGCCGCAAAACCUGCACUCUGCCAUCAUUGGCAAGGGUGGCGUAUGGGUCACGAGGCUGCAGGACAAUCACGGCGUACGCAUCGAAUUUCCGCGACAGGGUGGCGCUGCGAAGGAAGAGAGCGUAGCCUCUUCGCGCGCUCAGAAGGCCGACGAGGUCAUUAUUCGUGGUGGCAAGAAGGGCGUCGCAGCAGCGAAGGCUGAGAUUCUUGAAUUGCUGGAGUACGAGAAGGAGAACAACAACGUCGCUGAGUUGUCUGUCAGCACGGCGUCCCUGCCCCGCAUCUUGGGCAAGAGUGGAGCGACAGUCAAUCAGAUCCGAGAUGACACGGGCGCCCAGAUCGAUGUUGAUCAGAACGGCAGUGGAGAGAAGGAGAAGACGACGACCAUCCGCCUUCGUGGUACCAACAAGGCCAUCGCAGCUGCCAAGGCUGCCAUUACAGCUAUUGACGCCGAGGUCAAGGGUGAGGAGACCUUUGCGAUCCACAUCCCCUCGAAGUACCACGGCCAACUCAUCGGCCCCGGCGGACAGGGAAUUCGUGACCUCAUCGCUCGUGCUACCGGCUCUCAGGACACCGCUUCUGGACGCUCGGCUACACAGCUUGUCCAAUUCCCCAGGCGAGGAGAGCAGAAUGCAGACGUGGUCACCGUUCGCGGCCCCUCGGGUAUCGCACGCAAGAUCAAGGCCGAGCUCGAGUCCUCCGCCAAAGUCUUCACCGAGCGAGUCUGCCACGGCUUCGUCGCCCCACCAGAGCAGCAGCGCCUGCUCAUUGGACGUGGUGGCUCUCGACGGGCAGAGCUCGAGUCCCAAUUUGGUGUUCGACUGGUCUUCCCCGGUCGAGCAGAGCAUGGCCAGGAAGAGGUCGAGAACAGUGCCGAGAUUGGCGAAGCACCGCAAGAGCAUAUUGUCAAGGUACUGGGCAAGGUCGAGGACGUUGAAGCUCUCAAGAAGGAGCUGGCGAGCAACGCGGCCGCUACGCGCAUCGUCAAGAUCCCGAGGUCGAUGCACAAGCAGUUGGCCACGGCAGAUCUGUUCCGCAAGCUGAGGAGCUCCUACGGCGUGAAUGUGGACGCGCCGCGCGUGAGGGACAGCGGGAAGUCACAGGGAGGCAAGGUUGUCAUGUCCACAGGUGGCAACGCGGCUGCGGAGGCACGCAUUGACGACGAGGAGACUCAGGCUACGUCGGCUGACGACCUGCCCUUCGAGCUGCUCGAGCUUGGCGGCGAGUCCGAAAGUACCGACGAAGCCUCCGUGGACUGGACGCUUACCUUCAAAGGCAACUCGUCUGAAGCCUCUGACUCCCUGCAGGCAGCGCACGACCAUCUCCUUUCAGCCAUCUCGGGCAGCUCGACCAUCUCGCACGAAGGUCGUCUCAUCGUGCCCGCAGGCUCUAUCCCUCGAAUCAUCGGCAAAGGGGGGAGUGGGCUGCGAGCCAUCCAGGAUGAGCACGCGUGCAGCGUUGAAAUCCCGAGAGAGGGGAAGCCGAGGGGGCUGUGCAUCAUCAAGGGGAGCAAAGAGGCUGUGAUGGAGGCGAAGGACAGAAUCGCCGAGAUUGCCACGCAGCCUGGUCGCUACUAAAGAAAGCGCGACCAGUCCGUGCACGCAGUCGGCGGUCGGUCGAAGGGCAUUGCUCGGUGUUGAUGCUCACCGCUCUCUACUGUCAUCAUCGUCUCUCAGAAAGGGCUGCAGUCUGCCUAUUGCGCUAUGCCCCCUUAAGUUGUGCAAUAAAGAAUCAGUAGGUCUCGUACAUGCGCAUCCUUUGCCAUUCCACCUCCGUGCGUUCCACUCAUUGGCCAUGCGGGAUAUCAAGGACACGAAACGUCGAUAAGUCAGGCCAU